AACCACAAGGCUGGCUCAUAUAAGGAGCGUGGGCCAGGCCUGCACGCUCAGCCAUGGCGUCUGCUCAGUGGCUCGGCCUCGUCCUCGCUCUGCUCUCCAGCUUGGCCGCCUCUGGCUUCCCGGGGAGCCCCUUCCGGCUGCUGGGGAAACGGAGCCUUCCAGAAGGGGCUGUCAACGGCAUUGAGAUCUACAGCACCAAAAUCAACUGCAAGGUGACCUCCCGCUUCGCGCACAAUGUCGUCACCACCAGGGCUGUCAACCGCGCAGACACGGCCAAGGAGGUUUCCUUUGACGUGGAGCUGCCCAAGACGGCCUUCAUCACGAACUUCACCUUGACCAUCGACGGUGUGACCUACCCUGGCCACGUGAAGGAGAAGGAGGUUGCCAAGAAGCAAUACGAGAAGGCCGUGUCCCAGGGCAAGACGGCAGGCUUGGUCAAGGCCUCCGGGAGGAAGCUGGAGAAAUUCACCGUCUCCGUGAACGUGGCCGCGGGCAGCAAGGUCACCUUUGAGCUCACCUAUGAGGAGCUGCUGAAGAGACACAAGGGCAAGUACGAGAUGUACCUCAAGGUCCAGCCCAAGCAACUGGUCAAGCACUUUGAGAUCGACGCACACAUCUUUGAGCCCCAGGGCAUCAGCAUGCUGGACGCUGAGGCCUCGUUCAUCACCAAUGACCUCCUGGGCAGCGCCCUCACCAAGUCCUUCUCUGGGAAAAAGGGCCAUGUCUCGUUCAAGCCCAGCUUAGACCAGCAGCGCUCAUGUCCUACCUGCACCGACUCCCUCCUCAAUGGGGACUUCACCAUCACCUACGACGUGAACAGAGAGUCUCCGGCCAACAUACAGAUUGUCAAUGGAUACUUUGUGCACUUCUUUGCACCUCAAGGCCUUCCAGUGGUGCCCAAGAACGUGGUCUUCGUGAUUGACGUCAGUGGCUCCAUGUAUGGGCGGAAACUGGAGCAGACAAAGGAUGCCCUUCUCAAAAUCUUGGAGGACAUGCGGGAGGAGGACCACCUGAAUUUCAUCCUGUUCAGCAGCGACGUGACCACCUGGAAAGAACACUUGGUCCAAGCCACACCCGAGAACCUCCAGGAGGCCAGGGCCUUUGUGAAGAGCAUCCAGGAUCAAGGGAGCACCAACCUCAAUGAUGGGCUGCUGAGAGGGAUCAGCAUGCUGAACACGGCGCGAGAGGAGCACAGGGUGCCCGAGCGGAGCACCUCCAUCGUCAUCAUGCUCACCGACGGGGACGCCAACUCUGGGGAGAGCAGACCCGAGAAAAUCCAAGAGAACGUGCGGAACGCCAUCGGGGGCAAGUUCCCCUUGUAUAACCUGGGCUUCGGCAACAAUCUCAAUUACAACUUCCUGGAGAGCCUGGCCCUGGAGAACGACGGCUUCGCCCGGCGCAUUUACGAGGACUCUGACGCCAACCUGCAGCUGCACGGUUUCUACGAGGAGGUGGCUAACCCGCUGCUGACGAGCGUGGAGAUGGAGUACCCCAAGAACGCCAUCCUGGACCUCACCCAGAACAGCUACCAGCACUUCUACGACGGCUCCGAGAUCGUGGUGGCCGGGCGCCUGGCCGACGAGGACAUGAACAGCUUUAAGGCGGAUGUGAAGGGACACGGGGCCUUGAACGACCUGACCUUCACGGAGGAGGUGGACCUGAAGGAGACGGAGGCGGCCCUGAAGGAACGGGAGUACAUUUUCGGGAACUACAUAGAGCGCCUCUGGGCCUACCUCACCAUCGAGCAGCUGCUGGAGAAACGCAAGAACGCCCGUGGUGAGGAGAAGGAGAACCUCACUGCCCAGGCCCUGGACCUGUCCCUCAAGUAUCAUUUCGUGACCCCUCUGACCUCCAUGGUGGUGACCAAGCCCGAGGACAAUGAGGACCAGACGGCCAUUGCUGACAAGCCUGGGGAAGGUGGGUCCAAAGAGGGAAGCCAGGUGCAGCGGACCCCUCCUGGACCCGGGCCCAGGCUGCGAAGACCCAGGCCUGCUAAACUGCGGCAGCUCCAGGGGCACCGGGAAAACCUGGCCAAGAGCCAGGCAGGUGCCACCUCUCAGACCUCAUUCUCGGCCUACCGGACCAGCUACCAGCCGCCGCUGGGGUCCGCAGCCAGCUACCAGCCGCCGCUGGGAACGCCCUACUACUACGUGGACGGAGACCCCCACUUCAUCAUCCAAGUCCCAGAACAAGACGACGCCAUCUGCUUCAACAUCGACGAAGAGCCGGGCACGGUGCUGCGCCUCAUCCAGGACCCGGCCAUAGGCCUCACCGUGAAUGGGCAGAUCAUCGGCGACAAGAAAAGCAGCCCGGACUCUGCCACCAGGAAGACUUACUUUGGGAAACUGGGCAUUGCCAGCGCUCACAUGGACCUCCGCAUCGAGGUGACCACGGAGAAGAUCAGCCUGUGGAACGAGGUCGGGCGCAGCACCUUCAGCUGGCUGGACACAGUCACGGUCACGCAGGAUGGGUACGGGCCUCCCGGGAGCUCUCCAAGGCUGUCCAUGACCAUCAACAGGAAGAAGAACAUGGUGGUCUCCUUUGGGGAAGGGGUUACCUUUGUGGUCAUCCUGCACCAGGUGUGGAAGAAUCACCCCAUCCACCAGGACUUUCUAGGCUUCUACGUGGUGGACAGCCACCGGAUGUCAGCAUGGACGCAUGGGCUGCUGGGGCAAUUCUUCCACCCCUUCGACUUCAAGGUGUCUGACGUCCACCCAGGCUCUGAGCCCACCAAGCCCGACGCCACGAUGGUGGUGAAGAACCGCCAGCUGACCGUCACCAGGGGCUCUCAGAGAGACUACAGAAUGGAUGCCAGGGCCGGCACCAAGGUCGCCUGCUGGUUCGUCCACAACAACGGGGAAGGGCUCAUUGACGGCGUCCACACGGACUAUAUUGUCCCCAACCUGUUCUAAGUCUACCCAGUGGCCCCAUGGAGGCAGCUGGCCCAGGGGCGCACGGCGGGGUCUAUGGGAGGGGCUGGGAUAAUAAAGCCUACUGUGGACGCCAGGCA